GUAAUUUCUUGGCACAGGCCGGCAACUGUCUAGUCUUAGGCCUCCGUUGCUGUGCCGUUUGUAAUCAUUCUCCUUGAUUCAUGGUUUUUUCUGCCCUUUUUUUUGUUUUUUGAUUCAGUACUAUUUCAUAGAAUUUGUUAACUACUUCAAUCCAAAUGGGUUGUUUCCGUCAUGAUCAGUAACUUCAACAUUUGUUAUGUUGUCAAGAAAGCUAUCCACACACACAAAUUAAAUUACAUUUUGCCUAAAAAAAUUUCUUGUCCCAUUUGCAAGUCUUUUCUUGUGAAGAUCAAACCAAUUUGAAAGAGCUUGGUUUUAGGCUGAAAAAAGUUUAUCGCAAUGUCGUUGGAGGAGCUUUUGGCCAGGGAAGGCUUUAAACGAAGCAAAUCAAGGAUGAUGCAUAGAGCUUCAUUUGGAGGAGAGGCUAGAGUUAUGCCACUUUCCUCAUUCAAUGGUGAUCAGCGCAGACCUGCUUCUUUGGGCUUAAAGAAGACAGAGAGGACCAAAUCCGAUUUACCUCGGUAUCAUCAGGUUAGAGGUGAAUUCCCAUCCAGUGACAAGGUUAAGGGAAUAAUGCUACAGAAUGAAAGAAGGCAAUCUAAUUCAUUCAGCUCUGAUUCACAUGAAAGUUUAGUCAGCCGAGAAACAGUUUCUGCUGCGCCGAGUAAUGAGAUAGUUGAGGUUAAAAUGCAAGAACCAAGAGUAUACCAAGGUUUGCAUUCAAAUGAAUUAUACAGCCCUGAGGAAGAAACUGAGGCGAAGUAUGACAGAAGAAAUCAGAAAAGAGAAAACUACAGACAGUCCUCAGAUAAGUACACUAGGACGGACAAGCCACCUAGGCGUCCAUCCAGUAAGAGUGGCCCUUUGCAAAAGUACUACAAUGAGACUGAGCAAGAUCCAUCUUCUAGCAGAACUAGUAACAAAAGUAAAUUUAAAAAGAAAGCAGAUAUUGCAUCAAGUUUUGAUACUCCGGCACUUGAUGAAGCCGCUAUCCAGGCCAUGAUUUCUAUAUUGAGUGGAUAUGCAAAACGAUUUAUCAAGGAUGAAAAUUUUAGGGCUUCGCAUCGGGAGAAUAGUUUUGCAUCCCUUCAUGUAGUCGGAGAUGAAGAGUGCACCAGCCGCAAUGAAGGUAAAGUUUUGGAAAGUCUUGAAGAAGCUAUAGAAACAGUGGAAAGAGCUACUGAGGAACGUGCAAGUGUCAAGGACUUGAAAAAAGCUUCAUUGCAGCUCAGUGUUAUUACAGGCUUGAAUUCAAAUGAUCUGAAAGAUGGCUAUACAUGUGGAAUUCCUAACUUUAAACUAUCUGCUUGUGCUCAUUUCUACCUCAGUGUGAUAUAUAAACUCCAGAAAAAAGAUAGAGUUGCAGCAAAACAUCUUCUUCAAGUGUUCUGCGAUUCGCCUUUUCAGGCACGAACUGAAUUAUUACCUGAUCUGUGGGAACAAAUCUUUUUCCCUCAUCUUUCAGAUUUGAUAUUUUGGUAUAAAAAAGAAUCUGAUUCUGUAGCGCAUUCACCGGGUCAGAUUAGGAAGCUUAAGCUUGUUGAGAAAGUUUACAAUGAAAUUAUGGAUUCAGGCACUUAUCAGUUUGCAGCCUAUUACAAGGAUUGGCUAACCGAGGGAGUUGAAGCUCCUGUACUCCCUUCUAUCCAGAUUCCAUCUGUGCCUGUUCAGUUGCUUGAGGAGGCAGACUUGGAUGAUCAGUCUCCACAUCCAGAGAGCCCAAUUAAUUCUUCUUUACAAGUCCCAAUGGUCAGUAAAACAUUAUAUGAGGCGGUUUUUAGACAUACAGUUAAACCAGAAACCGAACUAGCAGACUGCGAGGAAGAGAGUUUUGAUGUCAGUAUGAGAAGCUUACAUGACACAGCUGUUGGAGAAAGUUCCUCCUCUGAAAUGUACAAAGGGGCUGUCCCGGAUACUGAUGUUCGUGCUCCAUCAUUACUGAAUGCAACAUCAAGACUUAUGAGAGUACAGAGAUCACAUAUAAAGAGUUCUCCAGAAAGCCUGGAUGUAACUGAGAAGUUUGGCAUGCCAGAAGUAACAGAAGAAACCUCGGGAGACGUACCUAUGUGUAAUGCAUUACCAGCUCCAAACUCUAGUGAAGUGAUACUGAGCACAUUGGCAAGUGAAGUUUUCAAAUUCCAACCACCUGAAGUUCCAACUAUCGGUGCUCCUGCACUUUUGCUUAGUACCCAAGAUGCUUUAAAUUCAGAUGGCUUGCCCGAAGCAUCUUGGUCACCUGUUGCAGGUGGAUCUUCUUGUAUGAGCAUCCCUCGGGACUUUAUUUGCCCAUUGACAGAUGUAAUAUUUGAUGAUCCUGUCACUAUAGAGACUGGCCAAACCUAUGAGAGUUCAGCCAUCAAAAGCUGGCUUGAAAAAGGAAAUAGAACUUGUCCUGUAACAGGGAAAACACUUGAAUAUCGUGGCGUGCCACUUACAAACUUCAUUCUGAAGAGGGUAAUUGAUGAUUGGAAGGUAGGACAUGCUAAACAUCUCAUGGACUUGGCAUCUAAAGUAUCAGAAAAUGUGGAAUCAAAGGAUGAAAUGGCAGUUUUCAUACUAGAACAGCUUAUAACCGCUUCCAGCCCAGAGGAAAGGAUUAGAAGAGCAAAACAGCUUACUUCACUAGGAGGCCUGAAGUUUCUACUGCAUAGGUUUCAUUGUGGAAGCCCGGGGGAGAAAACACACAUCUCAGAGUUGUUGUUAAUAUGUAUUCAAGCAGACACUCAUAACCGAAAUCAUAUUACUAGGAACAUUGACAAGCUUUCUCUGCUUGAUCUACUUCACUCUAAACAGCUGAAGAUAAAAAGAAUUGCAGUUUUGCUGCUUACGGAACUGGUUUGCUUGAACAGGAGAAAAGAGGCAAAGUACUUUCUGGACGGCUUACAAAAGGAAGAAAUAUCAGGAGCCAUGCAUGUUUUGCUUACCUAUCUGCAAAGCUGUCCACCAGAGCAAAGACCUACUCUUGCAGUGCUGCUUCUGCAUUUAGAUCUUCUUGUAGAACCUGAAAAUCAUUGUGUUUACAGAGUGGAGGCUGUUGAUGCCAUUACCAUGGCCCUUGAACACAGCUCAUCGGAUGAAAAGGUCUGCGAGAAGUGUUGCAGAUCACUUCUUGUGCUAGGAGGGUACUUUUCAUUUGCCGGAAAGAUUAUGACUGAGGAUUGGAUCCUGAAGCAGGCUGGAUUUCUUGAUGGUCCUGUGUUUGUUUCUCCUGACAAUCAACACAAGGCAAUUGUUGAUGACAGUAUUAUGAUGAUGGAAGAUGUUGAAGAGACUGUAGCUCGGGAAAAGUGGUUGGUGAAGUUGUCAGCUUCACUUCUAGGAGACGGGAACAGAUCUUUUCUGGAAGCGAUGGCAAGGUGUUUAUUUUCCGAAAAAUCUCAUCUAGUGAGAGUGUGUCUAACCACAGUAGCAUGGUUGAGCUCUGCUCUUGUAUCAUUAUCUGAAGCUGAGUAUCAGCUAGGUGCCUUUUCAGCACUCAUUUCCGGGCUGAAAGAUUGUCUGCAGAAUGGUGAGCUGGUAGAACUCAAGAUUCUUGCUUCUAUGUGCCUGCUCAAUUUCAGCAAGUUUCCAGAAUGCAGGCUCUUAUUGAUGACAAUGGCGGAUGAAAUCGCGAGUACUCUCGAAAACCUGUCUGGAAUGACAUGGACAGCAAAAGAACUCUAUUCCACAAUCUGCACCUAAUGAUGCAAGAAGGAUCUAAUGUGAAGAUAGCCUUAGGAAAGGGCUUACUGUCCAGAAUGUAAAGAAGAAAGUGUUGUAUGUUGUACAGUUACAAUUAUUUCUGCUGCUGGUAAAACUAGCUUGCAGAAAACAACUGUUUUGCACAGACAUUUGGCUGUAGAUUUUAAAACUGCAACAUACUGCACCAUUUUGCACCUUUGAAAAGAUUAUUGAUAUGCGAAUAAUGAACAGAACUUAGAACCCAUCUUGAGAGUUCAUUUCCUUUUGAAAUUCAAAUCUGAAAACUACUCACUCCGUCCCAGAUUAAUCUUUUUGAAGAAAAAAUUAACCAACGAAGCAACUGAGAAGCAUUUGAGAAUUCAGGAAACCACAGUUAACAACAAACUACAUAUUAAGUCCAAAUGUCAUUAUACAUAACACUAAUUUAAGGAUGCAUUUCAGCAGAGAAAACAUGGGUAAACCUCAGAUCAUCCUUGUUUUCCACCAAAAUGCACUACUGCAGAUGCAGCCAUAAGACUAGCAUUACACAGAAACUACGAAAUUCAGACCAUAGCAAAAGGACCCAAUCUCAAAUCUCUCAAAACUUGUUCUGGUACCAGAAAACACCUGCUUUCUCUCCUUCUGGCUCAACAUAAAGACACUCUUUUGCCUCCCUCCACAUUGCCUUGACAAAUGGAGUAUCAUCAAACUGAUAAUACUCUCCCAGCAAUGGCUUUAUCGCUUUGGUUGCCUCCAUUGCGUGAUAAUGCGGCAUUGUUGAGAAGAGAUGAUGAGCCACAUGAGUAUCAGUAAUGUUAUGGAAGACCUUAUUGAGGAUACCAUAGUCUCUGUCAACUGUUGCCAAUGCUCCUCUUAGCCAAUCCCACUCAGAUGAAUCAUAAUGAGGCAAUGCAGGAUGAGUAUGCUGCAGAUAAGUGAUCAAAACAAGGAAUCCAUUCACAAUUAGCAAUGGUACGCCAUAAACACAAACUAACCAGGCCAACCCUUUAGCCAAUGCCACUUUGUAGAGCAAGUAAGCCAUGGAAAUCACCCCCACAUCUGAGAUGUAGAUCUGUAACCGCUCCCGAUCGUUAUAUAUCGGGCCAUAAGGAUCGUAAUGGCACGCGAAACGAUCAUAGGGACGACCUGAAACAUUGAACACCAAGUACAAUGGCCAUCCCAAUGUAAGGGUGACAAUGAGGGUGAUCAUCCUGCCAACAGGGUUGUUCAAAUACUUCGAGUACCAUGCCAUUUCAGAUUUCUUUUUCGGCACGAAAACCUCAUCGCGCUCGAGUGAUCCCGUGUUGGAGUGGUGGCGUCGGUGGCUGUACUUCCACGAGAAGUACGGGACCAUCAGCGCAGAAUGCAACACCAGGCCGACUAUGUCAUCCACCCACUGGUAGUCACUGAAUGCGUGGUGACCGCAUUCGUGAGCUAUCACCCAAACACCAGUACAAACACAGCCUUGAACAAUCCAAUAAACUGGCCAGGCGAGGUACUUGUAGGGCGAUGGCAGGAGAUGGAAAUAAGCAGUUGCAAUGUAGUAGAACAAUGAGACAAAGAAGAGGUCAUACACAACAUAGGAGAAUGAACGAAUGAGUGACCUCUUAAAGCAAUGAGGUGGAAUGGCCUUCUUGAUUUCUCCAACUGUGAACGGAGGCUUUGAGUACGGCGCCUUCUUGAUUGCACCGGCACCAUUUUUCUUCUCAUCAGUAACCGUCAUCGUUGGAGCAGACACGCGACGGCCUCCGGCUCCCAUCGUUGCAAAAUAAUGCUAGGUAUUGAAACAACCUGGAGAUGGCCAAACCAAUGUCAAUAUAUGUAGAUAGCAAGUUGAAUGUUAAAACUGAAUAUCAUCAAUACAGUGAUUUUUUUUGACAUUUUCUUUUUGUCUCUGUCCUAAUUUUUCUUUUUUUACAUUAAUAUCUAGGUUGGUUAUCAGUGAUGUAGGGAACCAUCAAUGUGUGGUGAAUCCAAAAGAAGGAAGAAGGGUAAUGCAAUCCUUAGUAAGAUAGGAUUGGAAGUACCAGCCACUAAAAAAUUUAGGUACAUUUUCGCCUCUUUGUUUGGUGAAGAAAGAAACUUAUAACAUCCAUGCAAAAUAUAAGACUUGAUGAAUAAACACAGUCCAUCAGUAAAAAAAAAAAAAAUUUUAUAUAUUUAUAAAAAGAAAAGCUGUAUAUCAUCUGCAAUCCACAAGUACUACUAAAUGGGGACCAUAUUUAUACAUAUACAUAAAUAUAUGUAUCUAACACAACUGGAUUCAGGGUCCAUCAUCAAUUUGAUCUGAAAACAACACCAAUCAAUCGUUUUCGUGAAUCAUGAAGCAUGAUCACGAGCAUCAUCUCACUCUCUCUCUUUCAGAAAGCCACAGGAAAAAUUCAAAACUUGAUAAGAAAGAACAGUCAUGUGAGUAGGCACUCACUUGUGCCUAAAGUUGUUAGUUAGUUCCAGUUGGAAGCACAUUGCAUUAAGAGACAGUGACUCUAUUAUACAUGUCGACCGCUCAAUCAGACUCUGCAAUAUUUCCUAAUGCAGAAACAUGAAACAAAACUUAUACUGUAUAGAGUACCUACUACUCCCUCCGCCUGCAAUCCGUCGAUUUCAAUGCGUAAAUGGGAGAUGUUCUUGGAAUAAUCUAAAUGCAUGCAAAGAUUGCAAAAAUUCAAUUGGAAAACAGAACGGUGCUUUUGCAAUUGUCAAGAAUUGAUACACAUCAUUCUGAAAAAUAUGUUUAGAAAGGAUUUGGAAGAGAGAAAGAGCAAGUAGCAAACAUGUGGGCUUCAUUGAUAACUAAUUAAGCACCACCUACAUUUAUGUAUUCUAGCAGGAUUCUCUUACAAUUUCAAUUCACUCAUAUUCUUGCACCAUAACUUGAUCUACAAUCAAAAAAAGAACACGCAAAAAAGAAAAAAGGCAUUUCGAAACCAUACUUGAUAAUGUGACACGGUUGUGACGCAACAAUUCAGAUUAAGCACCCAUAAUUAAAUACUUGCACGUAAUAAAAAUGAUGCCAAAAAUUCACAAAAGAUAAUAACCAAUACCACUGUCUCAAGAUCAAAAGAGUUGAAUGAAUCGAUACCUCCUCUAAUUUAUUUUAAAGCUGAUGUUCAAUCGAUUGUUCCUUCCGUCCCAAAAUAAGAAUAAGAAUAUAUAUACGUAAUUAACAAGAUUGAAUGAUUCGUUUUCAGAUGGUUACUUUAAACUACGCGUACCUGAGUAAAAUUUGUCUUAGAAAUUAGGUCAUCACAGAAAGGCUGCUUUAAAUGGUAUUUAUGAUGCCACGUGAGUUUUUUUUUUUUUUUUUUCUAGAGGAGUUGUCACCGGAAGAUUUUUUUUUAACAUUUUUUUGCCCUUUAAAGUCACCCCAGAGGAAGACAUCAAGAGUAGGAACUCCUGGAAUUAAUGUUUCUAUUUCUGGUUUUCGCCAUUAGAAUUAUAUAUACACAAAACAGAAUUCUUUUUUAUAUAAAAAUUGAAAGUAGAAUUAAAAAAAUGUAAAGAAAAU